GCUAAAACAGACUACGGGGCUUAAAAACCGGAGCCAAUGGCUAAAAACAAUCAGUCUGAAAUGAAAGGCGCAUGGGAGAUGCAUGAGUAAAAGAAAGGGAGAAAUCGAGAGGGAAAAUUCACUGAAAGUUUAGAGUGAAAGAGAGAGAGAGAGAUCCACGUGGUGGUAUUGCUGUACGUGAGGGUCAUUCUGCUAUUCAUAGCCAAUGGUUUCCUUCAGUACUGCUUAGCUCAGUUUAACUACAAUAACAGACACACUGAAGUGUCCAUUAAAAAACAGAAUAUUAAAUUACAGCUAAUACUCACCCACACACAGAAGAAACUUAACAACUAGAGCUGCAGGACUUGAACAAGCAGAACUGGUAGAGCAAUGCAGGCCCAGGAUCUGAUCCGGCACCUGUUGAUACCUGAGCUGGAUGAUUUGAGGCAGUAUGUGCGCAGUUUACCCACCAACACCCUCAUGGGCAUGGGCGCAUUCGCUGCCAUCACCACAUACUGGCUGGCCACUCGUCCUAAAGCACUUAAACCACCCUGUGACCUCGACAUGCAGUCUGUGGAGGUACAGGGCUGUAGAUAUGCUCGUCGGUCCAUUCUGCAGGACAGUGACACAUACAUGACAUACUUCUAUAAAGACGCUCAGACAAUGUAUGAGUUUUUCUUAAGAGGACUACGAGUGUCAAAUAAUGGUCCUUGUUUGGGAUCACGAAAACCGGGCAAGUCAUAUAAAUGGCUUUUGUAUAAAGAGGUAGCAGACAGGGCAGAGUUCGCAGGAUCAGCAUUACUCCACAGAGGACACAGUCAAACAGGAGACAAAUACAUUGGCAUCUUUUCACAGAACAGACCAGAGUGGACGAUUUCAGAGCUGGCGUGUUACACAUAUUCACUGGUGGCAGUGCCGCUGUAUGAUACACUUGGUACAGAGGCCAUCAGCCAUAUCAUUGAUAAAGCCACCAUCUCCACUGUGAUCUGUGACCUCCCGGAGAAGGCUCGUCUGAUCCUGGACUGUGUGUCUGGCCGCAAGCACAGUGUCACAACCAUAGUGAUCAUCGGGAACUUUGACAGUGAAUUGACAGCACAAGCACAACAGAAAGGCAUUGAGGUCCUAAGCCUCAAGGAGCUGGAGGCUAUUGGGAAAGCUAACCACAAGACUCCCAUUCCUCCUAAGCCAGAGGACCUGGCACUGAUUUGUUUCACAAGUGGAACUACAGGAUGUCCAAAGGGAGCAAUGAUCACACAUGGAAACGUUGUUUCCAAUUGUUCCGCUUUCAUUAAAGUUACUGAGGUACACUGCAUGUUUAACCAGACAGACAUUCACAUUUCUUACCUACCACUAGCACACAUGUUUGAGAGAGUGAUUGAGGGUGUGCUUUUGGUCCAGGGGGCCAGGAUUGGAUAUUUUCAGGGUGAUAUCCGUCUACUGAUGGAUGAUUUGAAGACUCUUAAGCCCACUGUAUUCCCUGUAGUGCCCAGAUUACUCAACCGCAUGUUUGAUAAGAUCUUUGGACAGGCGAACACUCCUCUCAAAAGAUGGCUGCUGGAUUUUGCUACCAGUAGGAAAGAGGCGGAGCUUAAAAGUGGAGUUGUGAGGAAGGAUAGCAUGUGGGAUAAACUGAUCUUCAGCAAAGUGCAGGCCAGUUUGGGUGGACGUGUGAGGUUCAUGAUCACAGGAGCUGCUCCUGUCUCUCCCACCGUCCUCACCUUCCUGCGAGCAGCGCUGGGCUGCCAGUUUUAUGAGGGUUAUGGGCAGACAGAGUGUACGGCAGGCUGCACUUUGUCACUUCCUGGAGAUUGGACAGCAGGUCAUGUGGGAGCACCGCUGCCCUGUAACUUCGUUAAACUAUUGGAUGUGCCUGAAAUGAAUUAUUUUGCAGCAAAUGGAGAGGGAGAGGUGUGUGUGAAAGGCUCAAAUGUGUUUCAAGGUUACCUGAAGGACCCAGAGCAGACCUCAGAGGCCUUAGAUAAAGAUGGCUGGCUGCAUACUGGAGACAUCGGCAAAUGGCUCCCGAAUGGGGCUCUGAAGAUUAUAGACAGGAAGAAACACAUCUUCAAGCUGGCUCAGGGUGAAUACAUUGCUCCAGAGAAGAUUGAGAACAUCUACAUCCGCAGUGACCCUGUGGCUCAGGUCUUUGUUCAUGGAGACAGUCUGCAGGCAUGUUUAGUGGGUAUUGUGGUUCCUGAUCCAGACUUUCUGCCAGGAUGGGCAAAGAAAAGAGGCAUUGUGGGCUCCUACACUGAAAUGUGCAAAAGCAAGGAACUGAAAAAUGCCAUCCUAGAGGAUAUGAUUCAGCUGGGCAAGGAAGCCGGACUGAAAUCCUUUGAACAGGUGAGAGACAUUGCCCUGCACGUGGAAAUGUUCUCUGUUCAGAAUGGACUCCUCACGCCAACACUGAAAGCAAAGAGAACCGAGCUGAGAAAACACUUCAGACAGCAGUUAGACCAGCUCUACUCUAAAAUCAAAAUGUGAUCAACUAGAGAAAGAGUGUGAGAGAGAGACACCCUGUCUACACCUAGAACACCCCAAACAUGCAGUGUGGUGAUGAUUAUGAAGGACGUACUCCGGUUCUGUCAUGUUGUUCCAUGGUGAGCUGGGGGAGAGAAGGCUGGUACUUUUUUCAUUUCUAUCACUUGGAGGUGCUACCGUAGUCUCUCAGACAAGGUGAAGUGCGGUCUCACCAGUGAAGCACAUGCCAAACAUUUCAUGAGCCCUGCUGUUCAUCUGUGCUGACAAUUGGAAGUGAACCACACCAGUGCCUUAGGCCAGUGAAUGCCUUGAGUGUAAUAACCCAGAACACAACCUGCAAAAUCAUAUAAAACAAAACGAAAUAUGCCAAAAAGGUUAAUCAUGUGCAGAUAUUUUCCUUAACACUUAUUUGAAAUAGUUUGGUUUUCAUUUAACUUCUGUAAAUGGAUAUUUGUUAGUGGUCGACCAAUAUUGGGUUUUGACAGCCGAUCCUGAGGCCGAUACAGUAUCUUGCAAUUCAGAGGGACCGAUAUAAAGCCGAUAUAAUAUAUAUUUUUUAUUAAUAUUUAAGAAAUGUGUAAUAAUUUGACAAUGGAUUAAAAAAAUAAAUGAGUAAUAUAAACGUACUUUAGAUGACAAAGUAUUUUCCACAAAUACAUAAAUAUUUAAUAAAACAAUAUAAUUAAAAAGGAAGUUAACACUGUAACCAACAGGGCACUCCGUAUUCUGGGAAGUUUUUGUGCAUUGGGAAUCAUAUUUUUCCAAUAAAGCCAGGGUAACACUCAUGCAUCACACAGAGAAAAUGUCAUGAAUAUGACAGUGGGCAAAUGCAUAAAGCGCAGCAUAAUUUAAAAUCAUGAGUUUAAAGUUUAAAGCAUUCGAUUCACACGGACCGAUCACCACACAGAUAACACGCGAUCAUGCUGGAUAAAUAUGCACACUUGACAAGAUCUCACAGCUGGAUUCGACUAAGUUUGCAAGGUUUGUGAAAUUCUAAUGUUCAUUAAGCCAUUCAAGAUUUGUUAAAUUAUAUAAUUGCGAAUUUGCUUCCCAGCUAACAGGGAAUGUUCCCAGAACAUUCACUAACGUUCUUUAAAAGUUGUGUAAAUGUUAGUACAAAAUGUUUUUGUAACGUUCUUAUAACGUUGUUAAUGUUCUUGUAAAGUUGAUAGAAAACGUUCUUAGAACAACUUUCUUGGAACAUCUUUAGGACGUUAUUUGUAGAUCGGACAGUUCCCACAGUGCUAGUUUUUCAGCACCCACACCCCCCCACACAAAUUCAUAUAGAAGUUUUCAAUAAUAAAAAGUUCAUAUGCACUCCUCCCACCCACAAUUCCUGCCGGCCCAAGACUCGAACUCACAACCCUUCAAUUGUGAGUCAAACUCUCUAACCAUUAGGCCACGACUUUGAAGAAGAACAUUGUAGGAACAAUGCAAAUAGGUUGCUGGAACGUCACGCUGACCAUACUGUAAAAUAACGUUUUAGCAACGUUAAGCAAACUGGACAUUUUAAUGUUAUUGGAACAUUCUAAAUAUGCGUUCAUAGAAUGUUAUUUUUUUUAUGAAAUUUAGGUUUCAAGAACGUUGUAGGAAUGUCAUGCUGACCAUGAAUUAACAUUCUGGGAAUGUUAAGCAACUGGACAUUUCAAUGUUUUUGGAACGUUCUAAAUAAACAUUCAUAGAACGUUAUAUAUGUAUAUUUAUUUUAUUAAAAUUAGGUUUCAGGAACGCUGUAGGAACAUUAUGCUGACCAUAAAAUAACGUUCUGGGAACAUUAAGAAAACUGGAAAUUUAAAUGUUUUUGGAACAUUCUAAAUAAACAUUCAUAGAACGUUAUAUUUGUAAUAAAAUUUUGGUUUCAAGAACGUUGUAAGAAUGUUAUACUGACCAUAAAAUAACGUUCUGGGAACGUUAAACAAACUGGACAUUUCCACAUUUUUGGAAUGUUUAAAAUAACGUUCCCACAACCAAAAGUCCUUGAACACAUCGGCCAAGUAGAAAAACUUAUCAGUCGACCACUAAUAUUUAUCAGUGUUUACUAUUUAAAUCUAUAUUCUUUAUUGCGAGUCACGAUGCUUUUGUCAUGAUAACAUACAAAUGGUAAGGUUAUGUUUGACAUCUGGCCUUUUCUAUAUUUAAAUAAUUGAUUUUCACUGAAAUUGACAGGGGAAUGACAUCAUAAAUUGGUUCUUGUUGAUACUCAGAUUCUCCUAACAGCAUUUAGAAAUCUUGGUACAUCUCAAAUGUGCCUCUCUUCUGGAGAUUAAUGCUUGUAUAUAGGUUAUCUAUUUAUGUUUGUACAUCUUUAAUGUAUUCAACUAAAUUGUGCACGCAAUUUUUGUAAGCAUGUGGGUGUUGAAGAGAAAAAUAAACUGAUGGCAUUGUCUUUUAA